GAGUCGUUACCUAGAGGUAUAGAGCACAGCAGUCAUCUUGAUAGGUUCACACAAUGAUUGUUCUGUCGAUCAUCAAGCCCGGGCGUCUGCGUUGACUCGAAAUCUUAAGCAGUAUGACGUCUAGACCUUGUUGGGACAAGGUCUCGCGUUAAGGCAUGAUAAUCAGAUCUAAUGUUAUGAACUCAGCCCCGUCGGGAGUCAAUGUGUAUCUCACGAGCAGGUAUAUAAAGAGGCUUGUACCCUCCAUUUACAGAUUUAGAUUAUCAUUCAAAUCAUCAAACGAUACAACAUCAUACAACUUUCGAUACUCAAACAAAAUCGUUACGCACACAAAAGCGUAUUAUACAACAAUCAAUCAAUUAUACACAUCUAGCCAUCAUGGAUCCUAGACUUCAAACCGUCGGCGAGCAAAACGCUCUAUUCACAGAUCCAUUCGAAGAACAGGCCAUCGGGUCAUCACUUAAAAAAGUCAACACAAGCACAAGCUCCUCCUCUCACCUAGACUCUCCUUUCGAUGACUUUGCACAAGACUGGAAAACCACGACUCACGAACGAGACAGCUGGGCAACACGUGAGAGACGACGUUCUACUGCGUUCGGAAAUAUCAGUAACUCUGCUUUCAUGGGCACUCAUCACGAAGCCAAACAAGGUCGCAGCGGCAGUUCGACACAACCACGAAAAGGAUCUGUUCUAAGCAUAUGGUCAGAUUCAAAUGAUGAAGAACCUGAUGACCUACUAGUGAGGGUAUCGAGUAGGAGGUCCGAGGGGUCUGAGAGGGAAGGAAGAAGAGGAAGUGUGUUGAGUCUAUUCCAUCGCAAGAAGGAUGAACAAGGAAAGGACAUCAUCAAUUCCGAGGGGCGCUAAGACACCUCAACUUUGACGGCGGAUAAGAAACUUCUGUUUGAACUGUUGUAUAUGGCGAUAUAUUUGAUACCUGGGUAGAGCCCGUUUUUUGACGGCGAUGAUUUACGAGUUUACUUAGCUCACACUUUGUAGUAUAUAGAACACUUGUACUGUAUAUUUGAUAUUUCUUUUGGGGAAUUCAGGAUAGGAUACCGAAACAGUCGGAUUGUAUUAUAAACAAACAUAUUUGAGAUCAUCCUUCAAGAUAUAUUGUUUAAAAUAUUAGAGUGAAUUAUCAAGAUGAUUUUAGUGCA